UUCCCAGGAACCAACGAAUGUCUCCGGGUUUCCUAUUUGAUGCCACCCACUGGACCUGCUUUGGGGGUCUGUAAAUGCAGGAGAGCCAUUGGAUAAUUAGCGAUGGAAGAAAAAGCCUCUAAGAGAACAGCAUCCAUACCGCAGUUCACCAAUUCCCCCACAAUGAUGAUCAUGGUGGGUUUACCAGCUCGAGGCAAGACCUACAUCUCAACGAAGCUCACACGAUAUCUCAACUGGAUAGGAACACCAACUAAAGUGUUUAAUUUAGGCCAGUAUCGACGAGAGGCAGUGAGCUACAGGAACUAUGAAUUCUUUCUCCCAGACAACAUGGAGGCUCAACUUAUCAGGAAGCAGUGUGCUCUGGCAGCCCUAAAGGACGUCCAUAAAUAUCUUAGCUGUGAGGAAGGUCACGUUGCGGUUUUUGAUGCCACCAACACUACCAGAGAACGACGAUCAUUGAUUCUGCAGUUUGCUAAAGAACAUGGUUACAAGGUCUUUUUUAUUGAGUCUAUUUGUAAUGACCCUGACGUCAUUGCAGAAAACAUCAAGCAAGUGAAACUUGGCAGCCCUGAUUACAUAGACUGUGACAAAGAAAAGGUUUUGGAAGACUUUCUUAAGAGAAUUGAGUGCUAUGAGAUUAACUACCAACCUUUGGAUGAAGAAUUGGACAGCCACCUGUCCUACAUCAAGAUCUUCGACGUGGGCACACGCUACAUGGUAAAUCGAGUGCAGGACCAUGUUCAGAGCCGCACAGCCUACUACCUCAUGAACAUCCAUGUCACUCCCCGAUCCAUCUACCUAUGCCGGCAUGGUGAGAGUGAGCUGAACCUCAGAGGCCGCAUUGGAGGUGACUCUGGCCUCUCAGCUCGAGGCAAGCAGGAGAUCUUGUCUUUUUCUUCUUCCUAUGAAGAUCAGAUCCAUUAUGCCUUUGCCCUGGCCAACUUCAUUCAGUCUCAAGGCAUCAGCAACUUGAAGGUGUGGACCAGUCAUAUGAAGAGGACCAUUCAGACUGCUGAGGCUCUAGGCGUCCCCUAUGAACAGUGGAAAGCCCUGAAUGAGAUUGAUGCGGGUGUCUGUGAGGAGAUGACCUAUGAAGAAAUCCAGGAACACUACCCUGAAGAAUUUGCACUACGAGACCAGGAUAAAUAUCGUUACCGCUAUCCCAAGGGAGAGUCCUAUGAGGAUCUGGUUCAGCGUCUUGAGCCAGUUAUAAUGGAGCUAGAACGACAAGAAAAUGUACUGGUGAUCUGUCACCAGGCUGUCAUGCGGUGCCUCCUGGCAUACUUCCUGGAUAAAAGUUCAGAUGAGCUGCCCUAUCUCAAGUGUCCUCUGCACACAGUGCUCAAACUCACACCUGUGGCUUAUGGCUGCAGAAUAGAGUCCAUCUACCUGAAUGUGGAGGCAGUGAACACACACCGGGACAAGCCUGAGAAUGUGGACAUCACCCGUGAACCUGAAGAAGCACUGGACACUGUCCCUGCCCAUUACUGAGCCAUUUCCAAGUGAUCAGAUUGCCUCUGUCCUCAUUGAUUUUCUCCUGUAGGAACUGCUGCCCUUGUUCUCCCUAAGCAGACUCUGGCUUUGGCCUGAGAGUGCCCUACCUCCAGGGAAGAAAUCUACAGCAGCUCCCAAACAGGUCUCAGUUCCUAGCUCAAACUAAGGAACCUACUUAUUCAUGGAUAAAGCUCUUUUUAAAUAACUAUUUCCUGAUCAAUAAAGACAUGUAUUCCUGCCUAUAGGACAGGAAGAUGCUAUAAG